AUGUCGAGUUCAAAUAAACAAAUUAAUUUCAUACCAUAUCUUGAUCAAAAUUAUGAAGAUAUUCAACGUGAAUGUUUAGAAAAAAAAAUUUUAUUUAUUGAUACAAAAUUUACACCCGAACAAGCAUUUAUUAUUAAUAAUGAUAUAGAAAAAAAUAAUAUUAUAUGGCAACGUCCAUAUGAUGUAACUAAUACACCAAAAUUUUUUAUUAAUACACCUCAUCGUCGUGAUCCUGGUCAAGGUGAAUUAUCAGAUUGUUGGUUUAUUGUAGCUAUUGCUAAUAUAACACUUCAUCAACAAAUAUUUGAACGUGUUGUACCAUUAAAUCAAACAUUUGAUAAACAAAAUGGUUAUACAGGUUUAUUUCAUUUUCAUUUUUGGCAAUAUGGUUUAUGGUAUGAUGUUGUUAUUGAUGAUUAUUUACCAUUUUAUAAAAAAACUAUUCAACCAUGGUGUUCAUGGAAUCGUCAAGAACCAAAUGAAUUUUGGGUUGCAUUAAUAGAAAAAGCUUAUGCUAAAUUAAAUGGUGGUUAUAGAAAUUUAAUUGGUGGUGCACCAAUUGAAGCAUUUACUGAUUUAACAGCUGGUAUUGAACAACGUUUUAAAUUAAAUGAAACAAUUAAAGAACAUAAACAAUUUUUUAAUUUUCUUAUUGAUAGUUUAAAACAUUCAUGUCUUAUGGCAUGUUCAAUUAAUCCAAAAAUUGAUGGAUCUAAUUUAGAAGAAAUAAAAUCUAAUGGUCUAGUUGUUGGUCAUUCAUAUUCAAUAACUGCUGCACGAUAUCUUCAAUUCAAAAAAAAUUUAUUAUCUAUGAUACGUUUACGUAAUCCAUGGGCAAAUGAUAUUGAAUGGAUUGGUGCUUGGCAUGAUCGAGAUAUUAGAUGGAAUGAUCUUGAUUUAGAUGAAAAACGAAGAAUGUCAUGGCAAGAUUCUGAAGAUGGAGAGUUUUGGAUGACAUUUCAAGAUUUUUUUACUGAAUUUGAUAUUCUUGAAAUUUGUCAUCUAUCACCGGAUACAUUUAAUGAAGAACUUCAUCUUAAUAUAAGUUCUCAACAAAUAUUAUCUCCUGUAAAUAAUGAAAUAAUAACAUCAUCUGUAAUUAAAAAUCAUCAAACAUCAAUACGCAUGUCAAUACCAACAUGUUUAGUUACAAAUUAUUUACCUAUUCAACAUAAAAUAUGGUCAUGUUUAUUAUUUGAAGGACAAUGGAUUAAAAAUAUUUCAAGUGGUGGUCGUUGUAUAACAACAUGUGAACAUGGAUGUAAUUUUUGGAAAAAUCCACAAUAUAAAAUUGAAACAAAUACAACAGAUAAAACAAUUAAAUGUGCUAUAAUUAUAUCAUUAAUGCAAAAAUAUAAUCGAUUUAAAUCAAUAGAUAAUCCUAUUGAUCGAUAUGAUUAUAUUCAAGCUCGAAUUUAUAAAAUAAAAACAGAUAAUUCAACACAUUCUUUACGAUCUUAUGUUCAUCAUAUAGAUACAAAAAAAAUCUAUGAAAAUGAUGAUUUAGAAUAUGUUGGUUAUACAGGUUCAUAUAUUAAUCGACGAGAAGUUACUCUAUAUUUACGUGUACCACCUGGCAAAUAUCUUAUUAUUCCAAGUACUUAUGAGCCUAAUCAUGAUGGUCAUUUUUUAUUACGAAUUUUUUUGGAAGAAAAUUAUUCAAAAACACAAUUACCAAUUCAAUUUCAUUCAUCAUUAAAUCUUAAUGAACAAUUAACUCGUUUAACGAUUUCUACACCAGUUAAUUCAUCAGUAAAAUCAAUAUCGAUUAAAAAUAAUUUUUUAAAUUAUCUAUGUUCAUACGAUUGUUUAUCAUUGAAUAGAAAUGAUAAACAAAAACAAAAAAGCGAAAUACAUAUUUUUCAUUCUAAUUAA